ACAGAACGGCCGGGUCACACGUGACAGCCGGUCUGGGGUCAUUCUCUCAGAACUACAUUAUUAUGACAACUUCAGGAUCUGCACACGCAUGUUAUAGUACACGGAAAUGCACAAAUGUACAUGUCAUGUAAACACAGUAAAGAGUCAGUCAACGACCUCGAGAGAAGGAUGAGGUGAUUUAUAAUAUCUGCAUGCUAGUAGUUUUGAAAGCGCUCUGAGAUCAUCAAGUUAGACAUCUAAACCCCAUCUGAGAGGUUAUCUGAGGACCACAGAGGGAGAUGAUGAUCGCUUUGAGGAGGCUCCACGGUCUCUCCAGAGCCCUGGGCAGCUCUUCCUCACUCCGGGGGUGCAGAGCUGCUCAACACGUCAUGUAUCUCAGCACCUCGCCGGAGGACAGCAAGACGCACGCCAGGAUGCUGCGACACCUGGUCACCAAAAUAAAAUCCACGGGUCCCAUCUCUGUAGCGGAGUACAUGAGGGAGGUGCUCACCAACCCUGUGACGGGGUACUAUGUUAAUAAUGACAUGUUGGGACCAGAUGGAGAUUUCAUCACUUCGCCUGAAAUCAGUCAAGUCUUUGGAGAGCUGCUGGGGGUGUGGUGUGUCAGUGAGUGGAUGGGCGCCGGUCGGCCCGGCAGUCUGCAGCUGGUCGAGUUUGGACCUGGAAGAGGAUCUCUGAUGAACGACGUCCUCAGGGUGCUGGGGCAGCUGCGCUCGGCCCUGGGCCGGACGGAGGUGUCGGUCCACCUGGUGGAGGUCAGCCCCCGGCUGAGCCAGGUCCAGGCCGGCCUGCUGACCGGGGAGCAGAGCCGGCCGGCGGCCUCCGAGGACCAGGCCGUGUACCGCCACGGGGCCACCCCCGCCGGGGUCCCGGUCUCCUGGUACCGCCAGCUGGACGACGUCCCCCGAGGGUUCAGCCUCUUCCUGGCUCACGAGUUCUUCGAUGCCCUUCCGGUCCACAAGUUCCAGAGGACCCCCCGGGGCUGGAGGGAGGUCAUGGUGGACGUGGACCCAGAGGACCAGCUGAGGUUCGUCAUCAUCCCCGCCCCGACGCUGGCCUCCUCCACCCUCAUCCAGGUGGAUGAGAGGCGGGACCAUGUGGAGGUGUGUCCGGGGGGCGGGGUCAUCGUCCAGCAGCUGGCCAAUCGGAUCGCGGAGGACGGUGGCGCAGCGCUGAUCGCCGACUACGGCCACGACGGGACCAAGACGGACACCUUCAGGGGGUUCAAAGGUCACCGGCUGCACCCGGUGCUGGAGGCCCCGGGGUCAGCUGACCUCACCGCCGACGUGGACUUCAGCUACCUCAGGAAGAUGGCGGCCAGGAGGGGCGUGGCCUGCCUGGGGCCCCUCCCCCAGAGGGACUUCCUGAGGAACAUGGGCGUCGACACGCGCAUGCAGGUCCUGCUGAGCGCCUGUCAGGACGACCCCCCCGCCCGGGCCCAGCUGCUCCACAGCUACGAGCUGCUGACGGGCCCCGCCCACAUGGGCCUGCGCUUCCACUUCCUCUGCCUGCUGGCGCAGAGCCGGCUGGCCCCGCCCCCCGCCACGCCCCGCCCCCCACAGGGCCUCAAGGUGGAGGACAAGCGCCCGGCGCCACUCCCUGUGGCCGGGUUCUCAGAGCUGUCGUUCUCCUGAGGGGCCCGGAGCGAAACCGAGGACCCCCGGGGCCCUCGGGGUCCGGCGUGACCGAUGGUGGACUGACAGUGACUGUUGGACUACUGAUCUGGGGUCAGACUUUAGGGGCGUCGGCGCUUAGCGAGGCACCGACGAGACCCGGAGGAGCCGACCGAGUGACCUCCUGCAACAACAAACAAUUUACGAUUAAUUUUUUGCAUUUUUCUGAUUUAUUUUAGAGUGAGACUGAGAGGAAGGUGGGGGAGAUGGAGGGGAGGACGUGCAGCAGACGACCACGGGGGACUCGAACCCCGGUCGCUGUUUCAGGGCUGAGCCUCAAUGGUACGCGCUGGACCAGUGAGCCACUGGGACUGGGCCUCAAUGGUACGCGCUGGACCAGUGAGCCACUGGGACUGGGCCUCAAUGGUACGCGCUGUACCAGUGAGCCACUGGGACUGAGCCUCACUGGUACGCGCCGUACCAGUGAGCCACUGGGACUGAGCCUCACUGGUACGCGCUGUACCAGUGAGCCACUGGGACUGAGCCUCACUGGUACGCGCUGUACCAGUGAGGCACUGGGACGCCACACCUCCUGCUAAUUGAACCGUGUUCUGUUAAACCAUUUGUUUCCCCCCGUGUGUGAUUCUAUCUUUGUUGUGAAUAGAACGGUGAGCAUCAUGUA